GUCGCUGUGCGCUCGUACGCAAGCCGAGGGAGCUGCGUUGCCCGGGAGCCGGCGCUCGAGCCCAGCGGGGGGUUUCAGUUUCUGGCGCGAACUUCCGCCGCUCCGAAUUUGCAAGUGAAUUGGCGCGAUGUCUGGGGAUAGCAGCGGCCGCCGGUCCAGUCGGGGCCGUGACCCGCACCGAGAUCGCACCCGCUCCCGUUCUCGCUCGCGGUCCCCACUAGUCCGCCGCAGCGUCGCGCCCGAUCGCAGGGAGGCAGCGGAGCGCCCGAGCUUGGAGGACACCGAACCGUCUGAUUCCGGGGACGAGCUAAUGGACCCGGCCUGCUUGGAGGCCGAGUAUGAUCAGGGCCUGUGCCGCCAGAUCCGCCAUCAGUACCGCGCUCUCAUCAACUCCGUCCAACAAAACCGGGAGGACAUACUGAAUGCUGGUGACAAAUUAACAGAGGUCCUUGAAGAGGCUAACACUCUGUUUAAUGAAGUAUCAAGAGCAAGAGAAGCAGUUCUAGAUGCCCAGUUUCUUGUUCUGGCUUCAGACUUGGGCAAAGAGAAAGCCAAACAGCUGCGCUCUGACCUAAGCUCAUUCGACAUGUUAAGAUACGUUGAAACUCUACUGACACAUAUGGGUGUAAAUCCACUAGAAGCUGAAGAAGUCAUCCGUGAUGAAGACAGAACUGAUAUUGAAUUAAUUGUCUAUGACUCCUGGAAAAUAUCAGGCAAAACAGCAGAAAACACCUUUAAUAAAACCCAUACAUUCCACUUUCUGUUGGGUUCAAUACACGGAGACUUUCCUGUGCCAAAGCCACGAACUGAUCGUCCAAGACAGCCUCGCAUGAUAGAAGAGAAGCGGGCAAUGCCUGCUCAGUUGAAAUGCAUGGAGGAAUCUCAUCAAGAAGCAACUGAGAAGGAAGUAGAAAGGAUCUUGGGGUUGUUGCAGACCUACUUCAGAGAAGACCCCGAUACGCCAAUGUCCUUUUUCGAUUUUGUGGUUGAUCCACAUUCUUUCCCCCGUACAGUGGAAAACAUCUUUCAUGUUUCCUUCAUUAUACGGGAUGGUUUUGCGAGAAUAAGACUUGACCAAGACCGACUACCAAUAAUAGAGCCAGUGAUUAAUGAAGAAAGUGACGGAAUUGAACAAAACACGCAAAUUAGGAGUCAAGGAAUUAUAGCCCUGAGUUACCGUGACUGGGAGGAGAUUGUGAAGACCUUUGAGAUUUCUGAGCCUGUGAUCUCUAUGAGUCAAAGCCAGCAGCGACUAAGUGCCUGAUGCCAGCUGAAGAACUGGAGGCAAUAGUGAAAUCCUGAAAAGAAGCAUAUAUUGUAUAUAUGUAUGAUUAAAUGUUUUUUAAAGAUGAAGAUUGUUUUUCGUAAAAUGUAGCUUUUGAUAGUUAAUGGAUUUGUCAUGGUUGUCUUUAAUUAAAAGGAAAUUCACUUCCAUAUUCACAAAA